UAACACUGCAAUGCGUUGUCAUCACUUUGAGAUGUCACUUUUAUUCAACAAGUGGAAACAUUUAAUUUGCUAGAAUUUUAAUAUUGGAGGGUGGAGACAGACCACUCUCUCCACUACAUGCAGAUUGGUUAUUCAUGUAGCCUUAACAACCUUGAAGAGUCGUGUACUCAUGCUUUUCUGCUUUAUACAAAGACUGAGCUGUUGGAUUCAAUGGAAUCAUAAGCAUAGUAAUUAAUAGAGGAAUGAAAUUAUGUUCAUUGAUUAUGUUGACUUUAACAUGUUAAAAUGUUGGAUAAUUCAGUUUGGCUGACUUGGCAACAUAGAAAUCAAGCUUAGCAUUAUUUGUGCUCCUGAAUUGCAUGUGACAGAUUGAUUAGUGGAUCAUGCUUUUCCCUUGUGAUGUCCCAUUGUUUUUUCCUGUGUCGUUUCGUGCAAUUUUAUUUGUGGAAAUACAUGCAAUAUGCACUUAAUUUUUUUGAAUAGAUUGCCAUGAUGUGAUUCUGUCGCUGGAACUAUGUUCUGCAUUUUCAGCAGCUUCAGGUAUUUAAAGCAUGUUGUGGCUAUCUCUAUGAAUACUGACGAGAGAAGCACCCAUGGGGACAUUUAUAGGGCAUUUUGUACCUGCUUUGGCUCUAAUCAUCCUGGGACUAUGGCACACCAUCAACACUGUCAGAGCCUAUUGCCUCAAAGGCUCUACUAAUUUCUGUUUGAAGUUUUGGUACCCAGUUUCCGGCCCUUUGUCAAGACUCAAAUACUUGGAGCUUAUCUUCAUCCUAUCUUUCUCCAUCUUUGCAAUAUUUUUUCAACUCUUAGACUUUCCUCUCCUCCACUUUGCUUUAAAGCUUGACAAUUUUGAACAUGCCACUAUGUUUUUCCAUCUCGCCAUAUUUGCUGGCUUCAUCCUUUGUGCAGAAAUAACUCAUUCAUCCGAUAUCCUUUCUGGGUUCAGUGGAAUCCUUGCAGCCUCUGUUUUCGGUCAAGAGCUAUUCCUACUCCAUUUCCACUCAACUGACCAUGUGGGACUUGAAGGACAUUACCAUUGGCUCUUGCAGGUAAUAGUGUUUAUCUCUCUUGUAUCAGCUUUAGCUGCAACUGGUUUUCCAUCCAGUUUUCCUGCAGCUCUUGUUCUUUCAAUUGCUGUUGUAUUUCAAGGAUGUUGGUUUAUGAACAUGGGAUUUAUGCUAUGGGUUCCUAAGUUUAUACCUGAGGGUUGUGUUAUGCAAUUAUCUGAGGCCAACACUUAUGACAUGCAUGGAGCAGUCACUUGUACAUCUCUUGCUGCAGACCUAAGAGCUAGGGCACUUGCCAAUUUGCAAUUCAGUUGGAUCCUAUCCGGAAUUUUGUUGUUUACUGGGUGUGCUUGCCUAAAAUUUGCUGGAAGGUCCAUGGGGAGUAUCCAGUCGAUUGAGUAUGAGCAACUUUAUAGUAAAAGUACAGAUGUCCCUAUAGCCAUUGAAGGCUUCAAACAACCUCGUCCUUGAUUACCGCAUUUUAUUCAGAAAAGGCAUGUUUAAAUUUGUGUUAACAUUUAUUUUCUGAUGCAAUAUUGGAUGUAUUGCUUUAAAUCUGUCUCGGAGCCAAAGUAAGAGAUGCUGUGCUGCUUCAAUUUAUGUACAACAUCUGUAUAUUAAAAUUGUUGUGCUUAGGAGUGGCAAAUAAGGCCUAGCUAACAACUCAUGGCUAUACUUAGCUUGUAGUUCUGCUGAACUUGUGCUGUAUGUGAUUUACUGCUAUCAGAAUAUGAAGCAACUAUAUGUAAUUGCGGACGGAAUAUAAACCUUUCUAUUUACUUCUA